GUAAACUGGUAAGAACUGAGAACCAGAAACACCCCUCUGUAUUUGAUUCUCUCUUCUUGUCUGUUAAGAUUUGUUUGAAGCCCCAUAAUAAUCGAGCUCCAAAUAUACGUCCUCUUUUAUUUUAACAAUGGAAGGAGAAAAGAACGGCGGAGUUGACACUAAAUUUCUUUCACUAAUUUCACUAGAGGGUCCGGUCAGUGUUCUCCGUCGCCGGAAAAAAUCGAGUAAACUUAUAGUUACUGAGCCAGACUGCGAACAGGACAACACCGAGUUGCCAAAAGAAGAUGGUGAAAUAGAUUUCGACGAGUUUUUGAACUCAAUUUUACAGGACCAGCACGGUGAGAAAUACAAUAGCGAGUCGCAAAAAGAUGGUGAAAUAGAUUUGGACUCUUCAGUGGAUGAAUUUUUUGACUCAGUUUCACAGGAGCAGCACGUUGAGAAUGAUGUUAGUGAAUUUGAUGUUUCCCAUUCAAUUUCACAACAAACAAACUUGAUUUUUGAUUUAGAUGUCCCCAACUCAAAAGUCCCAGAAUUUUCCCACCCAAUAGCUCCUCGCCGCAUUAGACUAAAGAUAGAAUUACAGCGAGCAUUAAGUUGGCCUUCUUCCUUACAAUCUGAGCCGAAUGACCCAGAAGCUGUUCGAUUUCUUGCCUCAACGACUGCUGCUGGUUUACCAUCUCAUUCUCAUCAUGUUAAUUUGGAGUGGAUGUUUAUACUCACCAAUCUAGUGCUCGAGAUUUUGUUAAUGGCUUUGGAUCAAAUUGCCAGUCCUCAAAAGCCAGAAUGUAGUUUGGCUGCUCUAGCGGUGUCCGUUGUCGCCGUAGUUGUUUCUUCGAUUGAACUAUAUUUGAAGGCCAUGAGGCAAGGUGUUAUCUUGAAAGGAGAGGGCCUUAGAUUUUGGUUGCAGUAUCCAUCGUCUUCAAGUGAUAAGCCAUUGUACACUUUCACUGAUGUUUUUGGCUUCAUAUGUGCCUUGUGUCAAUUCACUUUUUCCACCAUUGCUUAUAGCUAUCACAAGCGGCAUGCUGAUAAUCCCAUCAACAUCUCCAUUGUAUCUCUCAUCUACAUCAUAUGUCUAGCAUCUUCCAAAUUGACCAAUCAUGAGACACCAAUGUCAAUACGCUGAGAUUAUUAAGUUUCUAUUUGUCAUUGUUAUUGAAUCUAUUCGACAUUAUAGUUAAAACUGUUAUUGAAAAUUACCCUUUUAGAUGAUAUUCAGAAAAAAAAUAAUUUUGAAGUUUUGUUUGUACUGCAAUUCUGAAGCAGUCUUCCCAUGUAAUAUGAAGAUUCUCUAUAAUUUUCCUUAUGAAUAUGAUGCAAAAAGUUUCCAUUACAAA